AUGUUAUCAAAGGACGCCAGUGCUCAUUGUGAAGAUGCUACUGUCUCUACGGCAUCCGCAACAGGCUCACAAUGGGUCCGCAAAGUGCCCAAAACCCGCACUAGCAGCAAGCAUCAGACGGGAGCUUGCUGUUUCUGCAAAAAAAGGCGAAAAAAAUGCGACGGAGGAUAUCCAUCUUGCGGCUCCUGCAAGCUGAAUGGUAUCUCCUGCACGGUCGUGGACAUCUCUACCGGCAGAGAAGUGCCAAGAAACUAUUUGGAAACGCUGGAGCUUGAGAUCGAGCUUCUGAAAAAGAAGCUCGAAAAGAGAUCCGAAGUAUCGAGUAGUAAUUCUAGAGAUGAGAGUGCCGCACUCAAUGAAAAGGAAAGCAGCGAAGAAUCAGACAGUGUUACUGAAAAUGGACUUCCAUUAGAGGUAGGCUACAUCACCCUAGCAGCCGCCGGAGAACCCCGGUACAUCGGCCUGAGCAGUGCUUAUUCCAUCGCCAGGGCUAUCCACAGUACCAUAUAUCACUAUCAAAAACAAAAGGGAGACUUUCAGCCUAACGGUUCAGGCCGUUUCUCAAUCACUGCAUCCGGCAAUUUGGAAGGUCCGAUUUUGGAGACAGAAAAGCGAUUUCAAAAGCCAACUAUAACUAAUGGACAAAAACUUAUCGAGGCAUAUUACUCUGGAGUGCAAUUUCAAUAUCCGUUUCUCGAUUGGGAAUGGGUAUUGGCUUGCUUUGAAAAGGUGGUUCAGAGCGACACCGACGAUAAUGAGUCGCUGUUUUUCGUUUACAUUUUGUUUGCCAUUGGAAGCCAGUUGUUAGAAUCUUCUGGUGUUACUUGCUCAGAUCACCACACCCGUGCCUACUACGACAAAGCGUUUGACCAUAUCGGCCCCAUUGUCGAGGGCACAUCGAUUCGGGCUGUACAAGCAUAUCUGCUUCUCAGCGUGUUCUCACAAAAAAUGCCACACGGAAGCUCCAUCUGGCAAACGACCGGACUCGCUCUCAGAACCGCAGUAGCAUUGGGACUCCACAGGAAGCCCUACCAGACAGGCAAAGUGAGUUGUUCGUUAACCGCUAACCGCGAUCAGGAUCUGAAAUCUCGCAUUUUUUGGUGUACCUAUAGCAUGGAGCGGAUUAACGGCUUGGUACUUGGCCGUCCUUUUGGGAUUGCAGACGCCGACAUUGAUGUACCGUUACCAGAGUCUGAACAAUAUGCUGUUUCAGUUCAUGUUUUCAAACUCCGAAUGCUACAGUCAAGUAUUUGCACCUUCGUCUACAAACCAAGGCCUUCUCCUACGAGCACAGAGGAGAUGAACGCUAUCAGGCGCCAGAUUAUGUUGGAGUUGAACGAGUGGAAGUCGACAUUUCCGUAUAAACGCGAUGCGGAAACGACAUGGGAAACGGAAAACUGGUGCACCAUAUCGUACCACAACUCUGUUCUAUUGUUACUGAGACCUGUAGUUUUGGAGGUCUCAAAGCAAAACACAAAGACGUCGCCUGCGACCAUUGACUGGUUCACUGUUUUUACACAAUCAGCGUCCGCGAUUUGCCUGAACUACAAAUACUUACACGCUAAAGGAAAACUCAGCUACACCUGGCUGGCCAUUCAGUGCGUUUUUGUCGCGGGCGUCACUUUUCUUUACUGCAUAUGGCUGGACACAUCGCUCAAAUUCUUGCAGCUAGCACGGAAAACAAUUGUCUACGAUACAAUAUCGGCAUGCUCUAAUAUACUAUACGUUCUGGCAGAGCGAUGGGAAGGAGCUCAAAUGUUUCGAAACAGUUUCGAACACUUAUCUAGUGCGGUUCUGGCAUACGUGGAGAGUGGUGUAAGUACCAACGAUCUACUACAGUCGCCGGAUUUGAACCCGAACACCACACCACAGGACCAGCCGAGGUAUCCAGAGAAUCUGUACUAUGAUUCUGAUUUCCAGUCCAGCUCUACUAGUUUUGCCCAUUCUUCAACCGAUGGUAUUUCUUUCAGUUUUCCGCAGGGCAAAACCAGCAAUUUCCCUCCCAGUGCGGAACUUGGCGUCGUUGAUACGACAAGCGAGACAGUAUGGGAUUUUCUCAGUAGCACUGCUGACACCUUCAUAAAAGAUAUGUUCAGCAAUUUGGAAAGGGCAUUUGAUCAAUUUUAG